ACCUAGUAGCCAGGGUAAGACAGUAGUGUCACACUGCUACCGACUCUCCUCCCAGUACGUGUGUUGCAGCCAGAGGUUGCAUACCAACUGCUGAAUUCACGCUCAGACAUGUUUUGGAUCCACCCGUAAAGCAAUGAUGGCUGGCGGGUGAGACUUCAGACAGCUUCCCUGGUUACCCCUGACCCUUCUGACCUGCCCUUCCCUCCACCUCUGCCCUUUCCUCAAGCCCUACCUUUGAGCCCUUCCCUCAAGACUUGGCCAGUGUUGGCCAGACUUGAAGCCAGCAGUAGUAGUGACCUUGGCCUGGUGCGGCAGUGACCUACCCUGCAGCAGCAGCAGCAGUGCUGUGAGUGAGCAAGGAGCGUGACCAGCAGUGUAGUCAUGGCAUCCAGCAGGACCGCCACCACUACCACCACCCCAGCAACCACCACCACGUUGCAGGAGCAGGGCGAUGCGUACCACCGGUCUGGCCUCUACACACACCACGAGAAGAAGGCUCUUCCUCACCAGCAGUACCUGGAGCUGGGUCCCAGACUCUCCACCACACCUGCCGUCGCUGCCACCACCACUGCUCCACCCUGCAGUAAUAGCAACAGUAGCAGCAAGGCGUCCCGCAAUAGCAGUUCGUGCAGUGCGACGAGCAGCGGCGGGAGAACACGACACAGCAGCAAUCCCAGCAGUAGCAGCAGCGUGCGGCCAGGCUGCACUAUGAGUCGCAACAACAGCAAUGCUAGCACCCACAGUCUGGGUGGCGUGGCUCGCGGGGCCAGCCUAACCUUUGAUUCCACAGCUGCUGCACCUGUCUUGAAGAUGGAUGGAGUGCUGCUGGAUGACACCCUUCUGGGGGGGGAGCCCUCACUCAUGGAGACAUCCACUGCUACAGCAUCCACCGUCGACUCGACAGCAGAGUUAGUUCACAGUUCCCCUUGAGUGUCAUACACAACCACCAGCACAACUACCAUCUCCAACACUGUCAGUACACCUCAGGUCGACUCCAAUGAUUGUGGUCUCUUCUCCUUCAGGCCUGCCUGCCUCCAGCGAUUAGCUAAUAUCAAGAUCUUUGUAUUUCUGCUGUCCAUACUGGUAACUAUUCAACAAGCUCUGGCAUCAGGGUACCUCAACUCUGUCAUCACCACCAUAGAAAAACGAUAUGAAAUCCCUUCCUCUCUUACUGGCGUUAUCUCCUCUAUGUACGAGAUAGGAAAUGUUAUUACUGUCAUUUUUGUGUCAUAUCUAGGAUCAAAGAGACGGAUACCUGUUUGGAUAGGAGUUGGCUGUUGUGUAAUGGGAAUUGGAUCCAUGCUCUUUAUAAUGCCCCAGCUUAUAGCGGAUCGCUGGUCUAUUGAAUUAGAAACAAUCAACAACACAGAUUCCAGUAAUAAUAUUUGUCGAAAUGCUCGAGUAAGAGAUGACACCUCUGAACGCCUUUCAGAGUAUGGCUUUGGAACUUUACCAGACCUCUCUAAAGGCGUGCCUUUGGGGUCUCAUAAUAGCAUUCAGUAUGGCAAACCUGACAACUGCAUCAAGGGUUCAAGGAGCAAUGUUAUGCCUGUGAUGUUCUUCAUGUUGGCCCAGUUGUUACUUGGUGCAGGAGGCUCACCACUCUUCACCCUUGGAACCACAUACAUUGAUGACCAUGUCAAGAGGGAGAGCUCCUCCAUGUAUAUAGGUAUUAUCUACACCAUGGUGGCCUUUGGACCUGUGCUAGGAUUCUUACUUGGAGCAUAUCUCAUCUCCUAUUAUGUUGACACCCUCUUUGUUGAUACUUCAAUAAUGCAAGCAGAUCACAAACAUCCUCGAUGGAUUGGGAUGUGGUGGGGUGGAUUCCUCCUCUGUGGGCUGUUGCUCAUAUUGAUAUCUAUUCCCUUUUUCAUGUUUCCUAAGACACUUAAGAAAGAAAAGGAGAAGGUGAGAAUGGAGGAGAAAACAAAGGAAUUUCAGAAAGGUCACCGCCGAACCAAGUCUCAGACGUCAACAUGCUCACGUCACUCCACUCUCUCCACCAAACGAGUUUAUGGCAAAGAUGUUCGAGAUAUUCCUUUAUCUAUGCUGAAACUAUUAGUUAAUCCCAUCUAUGUCAUGACCUGUUUGGGGGCAUGCAUGGAGCUCAUGAUUGUCUCUGGCUUCAUUGUUUUCUUGCCAAAGUACCUGGAGACACAGUUCUUCCUUUCAAAUGUUCAAGCCUCUAUCUUUACUGGUGGCAUAGCUAUUCCUGGUGCUUGUAUUGGCAUCUUCUUCGGAGGCUACCUACUGAAACGGUUUAGCCUACGGCCAAAAGGUGCCAUACAGAUGGUUAUGGUCUUCAACCUUAUUGGUCUAAGCUUUUAUGGCCUACUAUUUGUUCUUGGAUGUGAUAAUGUGAAGAUGGCAGGCACAACAUCACCAUACUUCAACACAUCAAUGUCCCCUCAUUCAGUAACAAACAGUCCUGGUCGCUUGGACAGUGGUGGAUCCUUCCAAGUGAACCUGACAGCUUGGUGCAACACUGGGUGUUCCUGCUCCUCCGCACUUGUGGAACCUGUGUGUGGCAAUAAUGGACUCACCUAUUUCUCUCCAUGUCAUGCUGGCUGCACAUCUUACUCUCCACAACACAAAUUUGCAAACUGUACAUGCAUACUUGGUGAAAGAAACCAUUCUUCUCCAUUUGCAUCAAGCUCUUCCUCAGCAGUGAUAGUUGGAGGGUUUUCUGAAGUGACUGUAGUUCCUGUAGCAACUGCUGGUCCAUGUUAUAUCCCCUGUAACACCAUCAUGCCCUUCAUGAUCCUGCUCUUCUUCAUGUGUACUGUUGUUGCUAUAAGCCAGAUGCCACUCCUCAUGAUUGUUCUCAGGUCUGUGGAUGAGGAGGAAAGGUCCUUUGCUCUUGGUGUGCAGUUUGUGAUCUUUCGUCUUAUUGCUUAUAUCCCAGCACCAAUCAUGUUUGGCUCAGUGAUCGACUCUACCUGUCUCCUCUGGAAGAGUUCAUGUGGAGAAAAAGGAGGACGCUGUCUCAUAUAUGACAUUGAGCAAUUCAGAUUCAGGUACGUGGGAAUAUGCACUGCGAUCAAAAUAAUUUCUGCUGCAAUAUUUGUAUUUGAUUGGCUCUUAAUUCGCUGGAAGUACAAGCUUGAUAUGGAGGGGACCAUGACAGUAGGAGAUAUUGUCAAUUCUCUCAUGUCAGUUGACAAAGAUGUAGAUGAACCUUCUGAUGAACUUGAGGAGAGUGUGUGGCUUCCUGAGCUUCAGGGUUCUCAGCAAGCACCUGCCUCAGGUACUUGUCAGUCUACCUCAGCAACUGGUGUGACAUCCACUACCACUACAGCUCAUCAUCAUCAUCAUCACAGACGGAAUGGUUCACUUAUUAAUCGAGCACAGUUACCUACUCAUGGCUCUGGUCACAAGAGAUCACAGUCUGGGUCCUACAUACCCUCUCGGCCUUGGGCAGGAUUGUAUCAGCAUCGGCGCUCUCACUCCAGCUCAGGUUACCAGCAUAUUCCUGCUCCACCUGGACCAGCUCCACCUGGUAUUCUUGCUACACAGCCUGGUCAUCAGCGGCGAGCCAGCUCAGGCCAGCAGGUUACUUUCCGUGGUUUGGCUGAAGACCCAAAUGACUUGACAGGAGUUAGAGUUGUUGUUCAUGGACAUGUAAGUCUUGCUGAUGGAGAGGAUAUGGCAAUCAAAGUUUAAGAAUAGUAGAAAAUAUUUUUUCCCAUUAAUGAUUAUGACUAUUGAAUUAGUGCUUAUAUGAACUUGUAAUGGCAAAGAAAUAUCACUAUUUAUUGAUAAUUUUUCAAAGAGGACUGAUAAUGGCAUUUGUUACUUGUGAGUUAUGAAAGUCAAAUAUUUUGCAUCAAAUGAAGCUAUGACUUGUAUUUCUUUAAUGCUUCCAAGCAGUGGAGAUUACCAAGACUUUUGCUUGUUGCCUUGCUAAAGCAACAGUGUCCCAUGCUAUAUAUUAACCCUGAUGGCUGUGGGAUGAGCAUAAUUACAGUUUUGUUGCAGGCUUACUAUCAGAAUGUAUUCCAUAAAAUAUUAAUUGCUUGCAGUGUUUUAUAGUUAGAUUGAUGUAUACAAAAUGAUAUAAAAUUUUAGGGGCAAUAACUCAAAUUUCAAGUGAAUCAUGCUUGCAUAGCUGAUAGGAAAGACAAGUCUUGUACACAUGUGAUAGUUUACUUUCUGUAUGAGAAUUUUAAAAAACAAUUAAUAAAUUGUUCUCAUUCCAAACUUUUGUUUGGAAACACACCAGCAAAGGUUGUUUUAUGUAUAUACAAAUAUCUAGUUUUUAGUUGUACAUGAAAACUAAGUGCCUAAAAAGUAGCAUGCCACUGGUACCGUUUCUGCUGAACCAUUCUUGUGCUCAACUAAGCUUUAGUGAAAGUGAAUGUUGGGGUGCUCGUGGUAAAUCAAGAACCAUGUAUAUGCAGGAAAAAAAAAUUUCAUUCUUGCAUUUAUUAUUUUUAAUCAUCAUCACUGUUGAAAAUUAUUUAUUUUAUUUCAGUGUACAGUAUUAAAAGUGAGAGUGAUAUUAGUAAAGUUUAUAUUAGUAAAAAAAAUUGUUAGUAUUUUUUUUCCUUUGGAGAAUUUAAUGGAUGUGCCAUGUCACAAUUGUUAAAAAAAAAAAAAAAAAAGAUUGACAUGGGUGUAGGCAGAAAUUGUUUGCUUAUGUUAAUUUACAUAUUUUUAUAUGGAAUUUUAAGUAGAAUAUUAAUUUUUGUGAAGAUCAUUAAACCUAGGCCAAAUGCACUAGAAGCACUAUGGUGCAAGGGGAGUAUUGACUGUUGACAACUAAAGAUUCUACAUAAUACUAGUAUAUUUUGCAUAGGUGUUGGCAUAUUACUUUUGAUGGUUUAUGUAGAGCUGGUCUCUUGCAUCCAAACCUUCAAUACUGCCUCACUGAAUUUGUCUUGUCCCUAAGAAUGCCAUAUAGUUUAAAAUUAGGUAACCUUAUAAUGGCUCAAUAAAUGCUAAUGCUGAGGCAAUUGCUAGUAAUCUAUAUACAAGAUAGAUGGUAGUGCUAUCAUAGCAAAUGUUUUCCACUGGUGCUCCAUUUUAUAAUUUUAACACAUUCUCAGUGCCCAAAAUAUCUUUCACUGAUUACAUAGUUCUAUUGUAUUUUGUUGUAAUGACUUCAUUUUUUUUUUCCCUAAUGCUACAUCUAUUUAAAUUGAAAUGUAUCUCAUGAUUUAAAAUAUUUUUACAUAGCAAUCAAGCACUAAUUACUUCAUUAAACUUAUUCCCCUUAGCAUUAACUUAAGGCUUCUGUUUGGACUGCUAUCACAAAGCUAGAGAUGCUAGGGUAGGCAUACAAAAUACAGUACGUAAAAUGUAUGAAGAUUGUAUACAUUGUUUUAGCAUGUCAGGUGUAGAAGGGAAGGUUGAGGGGGGCAGGGUGAAUAAUGGUGAUAAAGCAGGGAAAUAAGUACAGAACAAAUUUUCAUGUCUUUAGAUGAGAACUUGUGUAGGUAAGCUUCAAGAGUUAUACUGUAAUUGCAAAUUAUAGUCUAUCCCUGCUUAAGUUAUUCGUCAAAUAAUGACUUAAGAUAACCCUCUAAUUGACCCCUCUACCCCCUGAGUAAUCAUCAUUUCCAGCUCUUAUGAUGACCUCAUGCCAGGCAGCAAAUGUCAUUAAUAAAAGGGAUGUAUGUGUACACUUGUUAGUUGGACAAAAGCAUGUCACUAUUUUCAUUUCGUACUCUAUAUCUUUAUUCCAGAAAACAACUAAAGAAAAAAUUAAUCUUUCUGAUCAAUCACAAUUAAGAUAUUAUGUAACAUUCCACAUUUAUUGACCAAAUUGUACAAAAUAAAAUCCAGUACACCUACACCAAAUGCAUUUACUAAAAUGAAAACCGAGAAUAAUAAUAAAUGUGGGUAAGUGGGAAAGUUGUGGUGACUCGUGCAGUAGUAAUAUACCACCUGGUUGUGGUCGUAUGUGCUUUACCAGCACUAUCACACAGUCGCUUGACCUCUCUAUCAUAUCUAAUGCAGGAUGUACAUAUGGUUGUGUGAUGGUAAAAUGCUAUAUUAUCAUUAUUCCAUUCACAGAAAAAAAAAAACAUUGAAUUUGAUAAUUUUCUAAUGUCACAGUCUGCGAUAAUAAGUGUUUGAACAUGAGUAUCUAUCGUCCUCCCACCCAUCACGUGAUCUCGACAAAUAUGAGUUAGACAAAAAGUUGAAUGUUUGGUAAUAUUUUAUCUCAAAAAUAUGUAUAACAAACACAUUAGUAAUGUUAAGAAAAAUGACUUGAUCUCGUAUUUUCAGUAGGAAGCCAAUAGCAUGAAGCAGUGUCAAGUAUUGCCUCAAAAACUUAAAGGAUCUUAUUUUUGCUCUUAUCUUCAUUAGCAGUUAUUGCAGUACAUUAAUUAUUUGUUGUAUCUGCAACUAUCUUUGAUAAGUGAAAGGAAGAGAAAUUACCAGCAGAAAUUACUGAAGGGCAGGCCACCCUCUCAUCAGCCACCAUCAUUACAAGUGUAAGUUUGACAUAAUUCAAAUGUGUAUUAUUGCUUUCUUAUAUUUACUAGAAUGUGCUAAAUUCUUAAAUGUUUGCGAGUGAAAUUGCUUAAUUCCAUAGUUUUUUGUGGCUGAAGUCAGUGGCAUAGGAAAUGUACAGACACUGGAAUUAGGCUAGACCUAACAGUCACACCAUGGAGUGUUUUUUUUUUUUUUUUUUGCUGCCUCAUAGCUUUCUACAUUGUGAAAUGUAUCUAACUAUCUCUGAUAAGUAACUACAAGGAAGAAAAUGUACUAGAGAAAAUUGCUGCACCUUUCAGCUGAGAGCUAUUCUGGUAGGAGUGUGAGGAAAUGGAAAAGGGGGAGGGGGAGGGUUAUUUCAGGAAGAGAUUAGGAGAUAUAAAAGGCAAUAUCUGUUAAGUAGAGUGCAUAGUUAUUAAUUAUUUUGAGAUGCAAUAAAAUUUAUAAGAAUUAGAUAUGGAACAUUUUAAUCUUGAAUUACAACAUGGGUGUCUAUAGGAAAUACAGUUCACUUCAAGCAUUUUUCUUCUUUGACAAAACUAGCUUUACGGAAGGUGCUUUGUUGCCAGUGAUGAGCUUUUGAUUCAAGGAAUUGGACUAAUUCUAUUUUUUAGAUUGAACCCGAUUGUGCUGCUCCCCAAGAAUGUAAUAAUAAACAAAACUGGUCUGGUCCCUGUCCAGGUCAUUAAACAGGGGUUGAUUGUCUAUACAAUAUAUACUUUUGCUGUACUGUACAGUGACACUCUUUGGCAGUCUGUUUAACAUUAAUGAUAAACUCCAUGAGAGUGGAAGCCAAGUGACCAUAUUAAAUUGUUUUGGUCGGAUGUGAUAAUCACAAAUUACAGUACAAGUGACUAUGCUGCUGUAUUUGUGAAUUCAGUAACUUAUUACAAGUUAAUGCAAUUUUUUAAUGACCUUAAAUAACACUAGUAAUGCUGUGUCAUACAAUUUGCAGAAAAUGCCAUCUGUUAAACUUGAACACAAUAUCAAUGCUUUAGAUUGCAUUAAUGACAUUGGAUCAUUGAUAAUAUUCGAAGCCCUUUGCAAGUAAUUGAAGAAAUCUGCACCAGCUUCAUUAAAGGGUUGUAAAUGGUUAGAAGAUUUCAUUUAAUUUUUCAUACUUUAAUUUUUGCUGGAGUCCAGACUGUAAUUCAAUUUUGAACUGGUCAUUUGUCAGUACAGUAAAAAUUACAGAUGGAUUCACCAAAAAAUGUAGUAAUUAAUUUAAAAAAGUUUAAAAAAUGGUAUUAAAUCAUGACUAACUCGUGGGCUACCAAAAUGGUUUGUAAUGUACUGUCCUUCAUUUGCAGUUUGCAUCAUGCUCAAUAGGAGGGAAGACACCAUGUUUUUCAUGAAUAACUUCCCCCCCUCCCUAAAUAAACCUCUUCAAGGGGGGCUCCUUGGCGUGGUGAAGAGGCUCUUGGUCUGAGGAAUUAGCCCUGUCGGUCUUCUUCCUCAGACCGAACCUAAUUACCCCCCAUUCUCCCCUCCCCUAUCCCAUCCUCCCCAUCCUCCCCUUUUUCCAUUCCUCCUCCUCCUCCUCACCCCUCCCUUUUGCCCUUCCUCUUUUUAGCCUUCGUGAUUUCUCCCACAGGCGCGCUAGUUCCUAGGUAGGGGAAAGGACA